GAGAUUACUUCCCUUUCUUCCAUCACUGGCAUGUGUGAGUCAUGAUCUCAAGCUCCCUGAGGGGAUCCUGAGCGAUUCUGAAAUUCUGAGGCAAACCGUGAGAGGCUGGCUGUACUUGCAUUCUGAAUCUUCUGAGUGCUCUUUGCAGCCCCUGGUCUUGGGUGAGCAGAAUUUGUGGAUUGAUGAAAAGGUGAAAAUGAAAGAAAACUCAAGAAGGAGCACCAAAUCCCAGAUAUGGUAGUAGUGUCGCCAAGUGGAUCAGAGGGCAUGCAGAUGCUAGCCUGGAAGAACAUCGACCUAGAGACCUCUGAAACUAAUAAUCAUGGGCCAGACUGGGAAGAAAUCUGAGAAGGGACCGGUUUGUUGGCGGAAGCGUGUAAAAUCAGAGUACAUGAGACUGAGACAGCUGAAGAGGUUCAGAAGAGCUGAUGAAGUAAAGACUAUGUUUAGUUCCAAUCGUCAGAAAAUUUUGGAAAGAACAGAAACCUUAAACCAAGAAUGGAAGCAGCGAAGGAUCCAGCCUGUGCACAUCAUGACUUCUGUGAGCUCAUUGCGCGGGACUAGGGAGUGUUCAGUGACCAGUGACUUGGAUUUUCCAGCACAAGUCAUCCCAUUAAAGACCCUGAAUGCAGUUGCAUCGGUGCCCAUAAUGUAUUCUUGGUCUCCCUUACAGCAGAAUUUUAUGGUGGAAGAUGAAACUGUUUUACACAACAUUCCUUAUAUGGGGGACGAAGUGCUAGAUCAGGAUGGCACUUUCAUUGAAGAACUAAUAAAAAAUUAUGAUGGAAAAGUGCAUGGAGACAGAGAAUGUGGAUUUAUAAAUGAUGAAAUUUUUGUGGAGUUGGUAAAUGCUCUUAGUCAAUAUAACGAUGAUGACGAUGAUGAUGAUGGCGAUGAUCCUGAUGAAAGAGAAGACAAACAGAAAGACCUAGAGGACAGUCAAGAUGAUAAAGAGCUCACUGAGCAGCAGCUCCCGGGCGCUCUGCCUCCUGAAUGCACCCCAAACAUAGAUGGACCAAAUGCUAAAUCUGUUCAGAGGGAGCAGAGCUUGCAUUCAUUUCAUACGCUUUUCUGUCGGCGAUGUUUUAAGUAUGACUGCUUCCUACAUCCCUUCCAUGCAACACCCAAUACCUAUAAGCGGAAGAACACGGAAACAGCUCUGGACAACAAGCCUUGUGGAGCACAGUGUUACCAGCAUCUGGAGGGAGCUAAGGAGUUUGCCGCUGCCCUCACUGCUGAGAGGAUAAAGACACCACCCAAGCGCCCAGGGGGCCGCAGAAGAGGAAGGCUUCCAAAUAACAGUAGCAGACCCAGCACUCCCACCAUCAGUGUGCUGGAGUCGAAGGAUACGGACAGUGACAGGGAGGCAGGGACUGAAACUGGGGGCGAGAACAACGAUAAAGAAGAAGAAGAGAAAAAAGAUGAAACCUCCAGCUCCUCUGAAGCGAAUUCUCGGUGUCAAACACCCAUAAAGAUGAAGCCAAACAUUGAACCUCCCGAGAACGUGGAGUGGAGUGGUGCUGAAGCCUCAAUGUUCCGAGUCCUCAUCGGGACUUACUACGAUAAUUUCUGUGCCAUCGCUAGGCUGAUUGGGACCAAAACAUGUAGGCAGGUGUACGAGUUCAGAGUCAAAGAGUCCAGUGUCAUAGCACCUGUCCCCACUGAGGAUGUGGACACUCCCCCAAGAAAGAAGAAAAGGAAACACCGGUUGUGGGCGGCGCACUGCAGAAAGAUACAGCUGAAAAAGGACGGCUCCUCUAACCAUGUUUACAACUAUCAACCCUGUGACCAUCCACGACAGCCUUGUGACAGUUCGUGCCCUUGUGUGAUAGCACAAAAUUUUUGUGAAAAGUUUUGUCAAUGUAGUUCAGAGUGUCAAAACCGGUUUCCUGGGUGCCGGUGCAAGGCACAGUGCAACACCAAGCAGUGCCCGUGCUACCUGGCGGUGCGCGAGUGUGACCCUGACCUCUGCCUCACGUGUGGGGCUGCCGACCACUGGGACAGCAAGAACGUGUCCUGCAAGAACUGCAGUAUUCAGCGGGGCUCUAAAAAGCACUUACUGCUGGCACCCUCCGAUGUGGCAGGCUGGGGAAUCUUCAUCAAAGAUCCUGUGCAGAAAAAUGAAUUCAUCUCCGAGUACUGUGGAGAGAUCAUUUCUCAGGAUGAAGCGGACAGAAGAGGGAAAGUGUACGACAAGUACAUGUGCAGCUUCCUGUUCAACUUGAACAACGAUUUUGUGGUGGAUGCAACCCGCAAGGGCAACAAAAUUCGUUUUGCUAAUCAUUCAGUCAAUCCAAACUGCUAUGCAAAAGUUAUGAUGGUUAAUGGUGACCACAGGAUAGGGAUCUUUGCUAAGAGAGCCAUCCAGACUGGUGAAGAGCUGUUUUUUGAUUACAGAUACAGCCAGGCUGAUGCCCUGAAGUAUGUGGGCAUCGAAAGAGAAAUGGAAAUCCCUUGACAUCUGCUACCUCUUCCCCUCCUCUCUGAAACAGCUGCCUUAGCUUCAGGAACCUUGAGUACUGUGGGCAAUUUAGAAAAAGAAAAUGCAGUUUGAAAUUCUGAAUUUGCAAAGUACUGUAACAGUAAUUUAUAGUAAUGAGUUUAAAAAUCAACUUUUUAUUGCCUUCUCACCAGCUGCAAAGUGUUUUGUACCAGUGAAUUUUUGCAAUAAUGCAGUAUGGUACAUUUUUCAACUUUGAAUAAAGAAUACUUGAACUUGU